GUUUAGUUUUAGUAGCACAAUUUCAUUGAUCAGACGUGUUAUUCCGUGUUCGCGUGGAUAUAAAAAGCUGUGAAAACAAUUGUAAGCUUUGGUAAAUGAUGCAAAGACAUCAUAAGAUUUCCUUUGUCACAAAUGAUUGUGCUUUUAAAUAUUUGGAUUUGUGAGGCAGAUUUCCGAGAAUAAACAAUUUCUAACGUGCGUGGGAAUAAUAAAAAUAUAAGAAAGGAUUUAUUGAAAAUUAAAUUAUGUUUUGAGGCUUCGUGUGAACGUCAAAGGAAAUGACUAAUCGAUGAAUUUUAUACGAUAAGGAGAAAUUAUUGUUGAGCAUAGAAAAAUUAUGCAAGUUGUGAUUUUUCAGUGUUUAAUUACAUGCUCGAAUAAUUAAAAAAGUCAAGAAAGUAAAACGACGAAAAGUUUGUUAUAAAAAUAUGGAAAAGGAAAAGUUUAGUGGCCACUUGAAUUACCGAAAUACAUAAAUAAAAAGUGUUUCGACCGAAAAAUAUAAUAUUCAAUAAGUUUAAAAGGAGAUAUAAAGCGACAGAUGUAAUAUCUGUAAAUUAAAUACAUCAGAUUAUGAUGGGUUUUAUUGUCUGCGUGUGCUAUUUCUUUAUGACAAUUGUGGAUAUUUCAACAAGUGCUAAAGAUGUUCCUCUUUUUUCGAUUGAAGCUUUGAUAGGAGAAACAGUUUAUCUUCCAUGCAAUAUAAGCACACAAGAAAUAAACGAUGAUAUCGAACUUAUAUUGUGGUAUCGAGAAGACAAAGGCACUCCAAUAUACAGUGUCGAUAUACGUGAGCGAGAUCCCAAUGCUGCAAAGCGAUGGUCUGACGAAACAGUGUUUUCCAAUAGAGCGUAUUUUUUAUUUGAUAAAUUACCUGGCGAAUUAGCUGUGCAAAAUGCUAAAGAUUCAGAUACAGGUGUUUACCGAUGUCGUGUAGAUUUCAAAGUAGCUCAGACAAGAAAUAGUGUCGUUAAUCUAACAAUAAUUGUUCCUCCUGAGCGUAUCAGUAUACGUGAUGAAUCAAAUACGGAGAGAAAUAGUGUCGUGGGACCAUACAGCGAAGGUGACACAAUGAAGUUAAAGUGCGAUGUUUUUGGUGGGAGACCGACACCAAAUGUCACAUGGUUUCGAGACGACAAUCUGUUAUCGAGUGAAACUGUUCUUGUGCCCAGCGGGCGACACUUGAGAAGUGAAAUUGUUGUAGAGCGCUUAAGUAGACAAGAUUUGAAUUCUAGAUUUACCUGUAAAGCAAUAAAUCAUCAUAGAGCGACACCUGUAGAGGCAUCCGUCCAAUUAGACAUGAAUUUUGCUCCAUUAAACAUUCGCUUACUUGGAGCUCACCAGCAUCAACCUCUCUCAGCCGGACGUAGAUAUGAUUUGUUAUGUCAAAGUGCUGGAUCUCGACCUCCAGCUGUUAUAACAUGGUUUCGAGAUUCAGAACGUUUAGAUAGGACAACUGAAACAACAUCAAGCGAUGGUAAUCAAACAACCAGUACGUUAUCAAUUACGUUAAGUCGUUCUGAUGCUGGAAAAUAUUUGUCAUGCAAAGCAUAUAAUCAUAUGUCACCAUCAGAAGCGCUUGAAGACGGCUGGAGAUUAGACAUUCAAUAUAUACCAGAGACGACCGUCCGUUUGGGCAGUUCAUUGGAUCCCGAAACCAUUCGUGAGGGCACCGAUGUUUAUUUCGAUUGUAUUGUCAUGGCACAUCCAGCUGUAUAUAAAGUUGAAUGGCGACAUAAUGGUCGUAUGUUACCGCACAACAUUUCCCAAGGUGUUAUAAUCAGCAACAUAUCGCUAGUGUUGCAAAGUGUUUCACGUACGACGGCCGGAAAUUAUUCAUGUGUUGGCUACAAUGCUGAAGGUGAUGGGGAAAGUUUACCGUUUGAAUUGAAUGUGAUGUACGCACCAACUUGCGCGCCAGGACAGCCUCGAGUGUACGGUGUUGCCAAGCAAGAAAAUGCUCAAAUCAAGUGUAUCGUUGACGCAAAUCCACCGGAAGUUGAUUUCAAAUGGACGUUUAACAAUUCAGCAGAAAGCAUCGAUGUUGCUGCUAGUCAUGUGUCACGUCAUGGAACAUCGUCGUUUGUAUCAUACACUCCAAUGACUGAAUUAGAUUAUGGAACAUUAUUGUGCUCAGCUACCAAUAAAAUUGGAAAACAAAAACAUCCUUGUAUAUUUCACAUCAUAGCUGCAGGGCGGCCCGAUCAAGUACACAAUUGUACCAUCACUAACAUCUCAAUGACUUCGAUGAGUAUACGAUGUUCGGAAGGUUUCAAUGGCGGCUUAACACAACAGUUUAUGCUUGAAGUUCGCGACUCACAAACAAGUGAAUUACGCGCUAAUUAUUCAUCACCAGUACCACGGUUCACUGUCAACAGUUUGAUGCCAAGCGCAAUUUAUUUGGCUUCUGUUUACGCUUUUAAUUCCAAAGGUCGUUCGGAUCCAACUGUGGUACAAGCGGCAAUGUUGAGAAUGCCCGAAAAGCAGCCAACCGGUGAAAAGGUCUUAAAUUUCAAAGUUGAACAACGUCCGCGUUCGAAUCUUUCCAUCAACCCUUUGAUUUCCAUAGCCAUCGGCAUUGGUGCUGCUAUUCUAAUCGGCAGCUGUGCCGUCAUUUUAGCUUUAAGAAUAACUUGUGGAAGAAGAAAUCGAAGGAAGGAUGUACAUCAAAAUACGAACGUUCGUGUAGCAUCACCCGGACCGAGCUUGAAAAGCGUUGGCAGCAAAGAUUACGAUGGAAAUGAGAGCGACGAGAAGAACCCCGAUGUCAUACCCGAAACCAUUGAUUCUGAUGAUCAAGUUGAAUUUUUGAAGCGUCGACAACACAUAUCAACGAUUGAUACAAACAGUCCUAGUCGAUUAUUAUUAGCAUCAAAUGUCACAUCAAAUAACAGCAGUUUUAUACCAAGUAGCACCAUACAAAUUCAUAAGAAUCAUAACGCAAUAGGCUAUUGCACCCUUCGUAAUGGUUCACUCCAUGGACAACCUCAAAUGAGUGCGACGAACAGCAUGUCCAUGAGUCCCGUUCCAAAGGCAUUUCAAAAUCCUUCAAAUACAUGUACGCUUCCACGUCAUCAUAAUAAUCAGUGGCCCUCAUAUGGCGGCACGAUAGCGGGUGUAAGAAAUAUGUCACAAACGAUAACUAUUAGUGGGUCGCAACCACAACCACCAUCAACAAUAGCGAUGCACAAUCUAGGACCGAAUGCUCGUACGAGAAUGUGUAUCGGUCUGGCGGAAGACGAUCCGGAAAUUCCCUUGAUGCUUAAGCGAGAGAGUACUGUAUGACUAUAGGAUCAUAGAGCCGUUGUCGAUGACACGGCUCUAUGAAACUCAAAGUAAAUAUUCACAAUUAGUGCACUGAAGUAAAUUAAAUUGAAAAAGAAUGAAAACAAGAGAGAGAAAAAAAGAGAACAAAAUGUUGUUGAAAUAUCCCUUUUUCAUUAGCAAAGUCAAGAAGGAAAAUCGUUCGUUGUUGUAUAAAGAAAGAUAAUAAAAUAACACUAAAUUGUCAAAUUGGCACGUUUACAAUUUACAAUUAUUUUCAAUUGGCUAUCAACAUCAAACUGUUUCAUGUACUAGAAGGAACAAAAUAAAAUAAAAGCAAAUCUAUAUUCGGAAGUAUUAAACUUAUUUUGAAGACGAGAGCGUUGGUGUCGAUGAAGACAACGAGUAGAAAAAGGGAAAAAAAUGAGAACAAAAUAACAAGAAUAAGAAGAUAGGAAAAAGAAAGUCAACUUGUGAUAGAAUAAAAAGAAUGAAGGAGAGGCGAGUCGAAAGAAUAUAUAAAUAAGUAUAAAUAAGUAUAGCUGAGGGAAAAUAGCUGUGAAAUGAGCUCGCUUCUGUUCGAAAAUCGUUUCUUAAAUGUGAAAAAGGGACGGCGUGAACAACUUGCGAAAAGCAGGAGAUAGAAAAGAAAAAUUAUAUAAAAAUUGAUUGGAAAACUUUGACUCCCAAAACAAAGUUUUCAGUUUAAUGUUUAUUUAAUUUGAUUUUCGGUGAUUGAAGGACUUUAAUGAUCUGCGAAAAUGUGAAGAAGGAGGCAACUUAGUGUUUACCGAGCUUUUGAAUUAAUUUUCUAUUACGAUCGACUUACUCAAAGGGAGAAAUUAAUUAAAGUCAGUAAUAUCAAUUUCAAAGAUAUUGAAAAGUAAAACAAAAACAAGAAUAAAAAUAAAAUAAGUAAAAAUUUUCAAUCAAACGGUAUAACGAGUGGUGUAAAUAAUGUAAAUAGAAAAUAUGUAAACUCUUGACUAUCGCUAAGUAAUCUCUUUUUAGUUACUUAAAUUAAAUUAAAAAAAUAUGUAAAUCGUUUUGAGACGUGCCAAAUGUUAAAUUUUCCCAUAAUAGUUUAUUGAACUUCAUUUAUGUUCUCAUGAUACUUAUAUGAACAUUUCACUCUAUCAACAAAUCGGCAAUGAAGGAUAAUUGAGACUUUAGACAACUUUAUCUAAAUCAAUCAAAAUAAGAUGCCACAUGUUCUCUGUUGAAUUUUGUAAAUAUGGGUUUUUGAUCUUUGUACAAAAUAAUAAAAAGGAAGAAAAAGAAAAGUCAUAAUAAAUAAAUCAUUUGAUGCAUGUCAGACCGAUAUUUGAACCAUAAUUGACUUAGUAAAGUUAAAUGGAAAACAAAGUUGUGAGAACAAGUAAAUUGAUUUUCUAAGUUGUUCGAAUUUAAUUCUUCUUGUCUGAUGUGAAAUCAUUCAAGCAGACAAGCAAAUGCACGAUUUUCUACUUAGAUACAAACAUACAAACAUAUAUAUUCAGAAACAAGAUGCUUUCGAUACUUCCCCUCAUCGAUUGUUCAAUAAAAUAAAUAUAUCGAUUUGGAGAAUAUUUUCCAUUGAGUUUCUUAUGGUUCAUAAUCGAUUUAACAUUUCCCCGCACAUUUAUUCGCACUCUAUGUCACUCAUUGUGUGUAAAUAAGCAUCGUUGAUAGUGAAUUAAAUUAUAAAUCAAAUAAAUGAAAAUAAACACAUGAAAAACUUUCUGAAUUCAUCAUAAUUAAAACUGAGAUAAACAUUG